AUGGACGAGGAACAGCUGCGCCAGCUUAUCUCUUCCCUAUGCAUUCUAUCAAAAGAAGGACCUAUUCCAUUGAAUACAAUCAGUGCACUGAUCAGUUCAGCACCAUGUAAGAAGUUGGCUUAUCAUUUGCAUCAACGCUGGUUGUCGGAACAAAAUUUCACAAAAAUUGCUGCACAUAUCAUCCUACAGCUUCAGCAUGUGAAUGAGGCAGAUCCUGGUAUAUUCUCCUGCUGUUUGACACAUAUUUUAUCGGAUUUUCGAUCCAGGCAUGAAGUCAGAAAAGGAAAUAAACUUGUUUUCAGAAACAUUGUUCGAGCGAUAUUAGACUUCUAUCCUGCAUAUAAAGUAAUCGAUGAAACAGUAAGUGAAAGUUUGAUUGAUCCGAUGUUUGUUUCAAUGGAAGAAUUAAUCUAUGACGAUGCCGAUGAAAGAGAUAUUGAAACUGCUGCAGAAUUAAUCAUAAGUCAUGGCGGCACAUUACUGAAGAUUAAACCUGGCAAAUGUGAUAGAUUUAUAGCGGCAUUACGGAUACAUCUUUGUGAAAGUGAUUUCAAACCUGUAACUCGGCGACUGAUACUACAGGCCAUGGAUUUGUGGACUUAUAAAUGGGACAGUGAAAUAAUGCCUUUUUGUAUCAGACAAUUCUAUGAACCAUCCAUACAGUUCAUCAAAAAUCCUACAGAAACAUCAAAAUUCCUAUCAGAAAGCAGAACAAAAAGAAAGGAAAGUAUUGUGUAA